CCCCGGGCACCCUCUCGGCGCUGGCAGCUGGCGCCCAGAUCCCCCGGCUGGGUGGGGAGGGGCGGCCGGACGGGGCGGGCCGGAGGCUGGCGUCCCCGCCCCGAAAGCAUUGGGUCCGCCGCGUCGCACCGUCCUCUUUCCUUUCCUUCUCCCUCCCCUUUUCCCUUCCUUCGUCCCUUCCUUCCUUCCUUUCGCCGGGCGCGAUGGAGCCGGGGCGCCGGGGGACCGCGGCGCUACUGGCGCUGCUGUGCGUGGCCUGUGCGCUGCGCGCCGGGCGCGCCCAGUACGAACGCUACAGCUUCCGCAGCUUCCCACGGGACGAGCUGAUGCCGCUCGAGUCGGCCUACCGGCACGCGCUGGACAAGUACAGCGGCGAGCACUGGGCCGAGAGCGUGGGCUACCUGGAGAUCAGCCUGCGGCUGCACCGCCUGCUGCGCGACAGCGAGGCCUUCUGCCACCGCAACUGCAGCGCCGCGCCGCAGCCCGAGCCCGCCGCCGGCCUCGCCAGCUAUCCCGAGCUGCGCCUCUUCGGGGGCCUGCUGCGCCGCGCGCACUGCCUGAAGCGCUGCAAGCAGGGCCUGCCAGCCUUCCGCCAGUCCCAGCCCAGCCGCGAGGUGCUGGCGGACUUCCAGCGCCGCGAGCCCUACAAGUUCCUGCAGUUCGCCUACUUCAAGGCAAAUAAUCUCCCCAAAGCCAUCGCAGCUGCUCACACCUUUCUACUGAAGCAUCCUGAUGACGAAAUGAUGAAGAGGAACAUGGCGUAUUAUAAGAGCCUGCCUGGUGCUGAGGACUACAUUAAAGACCUGGAAACCAAGUCAUAUGAGAGCCUGUUCAUCCGAGCAGUGCGGGCGUACAACGGUGAGAACUGGAGAACAUCCAUCACAGACAUGGAGCUGGCCCUUCCUGACUUCUUCAAAGCCUUUUAUGAGUGUCUCGCGGCCUGCGAGGGUUCCAGGGAGAUCAAGGACUUCAAGGAUUUCUACCUUUCCAUAGCAGAUCAUUAUGUAGAAGUUCUGGAAUGCAAAAUACAGUGUGAAGAGAACCUCACCCCAGUUAUAGGAGGCUAUCCGGUUGAGAAAUUUGUGGCUACCAUGUAUCAUUACUUGCAGUUUGCCUAUUAUAAAUUGAACGACCUGAAGAAUGCAGCCCCCUGUGCAGUCAGCUACCUGCUCUUUGAUCAGAAUGACAAGGUCAUGCAGCAGAACCUGGUGUAUUACCAGUACCACAGGGACACUUGGGGCCUCUCAGAUGAGCACUUCCAGCCCAGACCUGAAGCAGUUCAGUUCUUUAAUGUGACCACACUCCAGAAGGAGCUGUAUGACUUUGCUAAGGAAAAUAUAAUGGAUGAUGAUGAGGGAGAAGUUGUGGAAUACGUGGAUGACCUCUUGGAACUGGAGGAGACCAGCUAGCCCACAGCAACCAAAGAGACUUCCUCUUGGCGUUCAGGAAACACAGAUUCUUUGUCCUUUUCCCAACAGCCCAGGCUGUUGAUACCUCAGAGCCUUCUCUUUACUCUCCAAAGUGAAAGGGAAGCCCCCGUCUCUCUCACUACGUGUCACCAGGGGUGAGCCUGCCUUUCCCAUCUUCACACCUGCCACCUCAUAUUCACACCUAUCUUUCUCACCUUUUUUUUGAGAUGGAGUCUCGCUCUGUUGCCCAGGCUGGAGUGCAAUGGCACGUUCUCAGCUCACUGCAAUCUCCGCCUCCUGGGUUCAAGCAAUUCUCCUGCCUCAGCCUCCCAAGUACCUGGGAUUACAGGCAUGUGCCACCAUGCCCGGCUAAUUUUGUAUUUUUAGUAGAGACGGGGUUUUGCCAUGUUGGCCAGUCUGGUCUCGAACUCUUGAUUUCAGACGAUCCACCUGCCUUCAGAUGAUCCACCUCCCACAGUGCCGGGAUUACAGGCGUGAGCCACCAUGCCCGGCCUCUUUCUCACCUUUACACCUGUCUUCUUAUCCUCACAUCUGUUUUCACACCUUCAUCCCUGUCUUCCUCAUGUUCACACUUGUCUUCCCCAUGUUCAUACCUGCCUUUCUUACCAUUUUGGUUUGAAGGGCAGUCUUCUCUGGCUUGUUUUUUUGUUUUUUUGUUUUUCCCAGAAAAUCAGCAUUAUUUUUUAAAUAAGAAAAACAUUCCUAAAAGA